AUGAGUGUGAAAUUAGCGUGUGGAGUGGGUUUCAGUUUGGCACUAUUGCUGUGUAUUAUUCAGUUGGCAACAGCAAAGGCACCCAUUGCUAUGCCCAACUGUGAAGACCGUUGCGGAGAUAUAGAGAUUCCUUUCCCAUUCGGAAUGGAUAGCAAGGAUUGCUAUUUCGACGAAUGGUUCGAGAUUAAGUGCAACCAAAGUAGAGCUUUUCUAAAUAAAAUCAAUAUGGAGCUCCUUAAUAUUUAUAUACGCGGCAAAGCUCAUGUCAAAAGUCCAAUAAUGUUGUCGAAUUGUUCCGGCAUGGAGACUGAUCAUCUGCUGCCGCUCAAUUUGACAGGAAGUCCUUUCUCUAUUUCCGACUACAACGUAUUCACUGCAGUAGGUUGUGAUACUCGUGCUCUAAUGAUAGAUAAUCCCCUCCAACGCCUCGGGUGUGAGUCAAAAUGCCUUGGCCAGAAGGAUGUUGAUUGGCGACAAUUGCUUCCUAAUCUCAUAAAAGAGAGAGAGUUUUCCUCUGGAAAAUAUUACUCGAUCGCGGACGAUUAUUGUAAUGGCACUGAUUGUUGUCAGAUUACAAUACCUUCAUCCCUUCAGGUUUUUAAUGCAAGUUUCGAGGCUAUAGAUGGUAAUCGGGGCACACGUGGUUGCAAGCUGGCAUUUCUAGCAGGAUUAUAUGCUGGAGACUCCUGGACGAAAAAUGAUUCGAAUGUGCAGUUUCCGAUGGUACUAGAUUGGAUGAUCAAAUCGAACCGAACGGAAAGUUCUAAUUGGAUGAUUGAUUCUGGACUAUGGAAUGCUAAUUACUCGGAAACCGUGGAUUGCUACAACUACUAUGGUAGUUCUUCUGCUUCUAGUAAACCAGUAUUCGGUUGUGAAUGCAGCUAUGGGUACGAAGGCAACCCUUACAUUAAUUGUACAGAUCUUUUCAUUAAAGGUCUUACAUUGAUGGUGCUCCCUUUGGAGGUCUAA